AUGGGCGAAGCAGCAGUACCGCCUGAGCUAGACACCGAUCCAGUAGCAAAGAUGGCUCAGACAAACCCUCUGCCUGUUCCCAUGGGCCCGUGGAAGAUCACCGUGUACGACCAAGAAAACUUCCAGGGCAAGAGGAUGGAGUUCACUUCGGCCUGUCCAAACAUCAUGGAAUGUGGCUUCGACAAUAUCCGCUCCCUGAAGGUGGAAUGUGGCGCCUGGGUGGGUUACGAGCACACCGGCUUCUGCGGGCAGCAGUUCAUCCUGGAGAGGGGAGAGUACCCGCGCUGGGACGCCUGGAGCGGCAGCAACGCCUACCACAUCGAGCGCCUGAUGUCCUUCCGCCCCGUCUGCUCUGCUAACCACAAGGAAUCCAAGAUCACCGUUUUCGAGAAAGACAACUUCAUCGGCCGCCAGUGGGAGAUUGCUGACGACUACCCCUCGCUGCAGGCCAUGGGCUGGGCCAACAACGAAGUGGGCUCCAUGAAGAUCCAGUGUGGAGCCUGGGUGUGCUACCAGUAUCCCGGCUACCGUGGCUACCAGUACGUCCUGGAAUUUGACCACCACGGUGGAGACUACAAGCACUGGAGAGAGUGGGGUUCGCAUGCCCAGACCUCCCAGAUCCAAUCUAUCAGGCGUGUCCAGCAGUAGCUCCUCACUGCCCAGUCCAUCUCUGCAAGGUUUCGAAAGCUCACCAGCUCCCUCUUGGU